AUGGCAGACAACACUGUAAAAGUUUACGGACACAUUCUCUCGCCUCCUGUUAGGGCUGUCCUCAUAUUUUGUCAACUUCAUAACAUUCCUAUCGAAUUCCUUGAUGUUGAUAUGGCCCACGGUGGUCAUAAGUCCCCAGAAUAUUUAGCAAUUAAUCCUUAUGGCUUGGUUCCUGCCAUUACUCAUGGAGACUUCCAUUUGGGUGAGAGUGGAGCAAUUGUCUUCUAUUUAGCUGAAACUUUUCACUUAGACAGUCAAUGGUUCCCUGCAGACCUCCAACAGAAAGCUAAAAUCAACUCAUCACUCCAUUGGCAUCAUACCAAUACUGUAAAAAAUAUUAUCCCUUAUACCUACAAUAAGGUCGUCGCUCCUAUGUUUUUGGGGAAGCCUCCAGUUACUCCUGAGUUUGAUGCUGAGCUUAUUGCAAAUGCACGCACAUUCCUUAAAUCCCUUGACGAUUUAUUCGCAACUGGGGUUUACAUUGCAAGAACUGCUCACCCAACUUACGCAGAUGUUCUUUUGUAUUGCUAUGUCAGUCACUUGGAAUUUGCUUCGUUUGAUUUCAGUACUUAUCCAGCCCUUAAUAGAUGGAGAGACGAGAUAGGUGCAAUUGAAGCUGUAAGAGAAGUGCAUGAGCAAUUCAGACAAAUGGUGGCAUGUAUUCUUGAAAAAUUCCAAGCUCCUCAGCCCUCAGCAUAA